AUGGAAUUAGAGAAACAAUUAAAAAAUUUGAACAAGCCACCAGUAAAAACAAUUAAGACUAAAUAUGGAGAUAUAUACGAUUGUGUAGAUUUCUACAAACAGCCUGGAUUUGAUCAUCCAUUGUUAAAGGAUCAUAAUUUUCAUCCUAAGAUGAAACCUAAUUUAUUGAGGAUAAAUCAAAAUUCAAGUGCUUCCACCUCUAGUAAGUCAUUGACACAACUGUCAGAAGAUGGAGGGUGCCCUUCUGGAACUGUUCCGAUUAAAAGAAUUACGAAGGAUGAUCUUAUAAGACAUAGACGUAUACCACCGCCAGAAAAUGUCCCAUUCGAUGAUCAAUUUGUUGCCGGCAACAACAAUAUUAGUGAGCCAAAUGAAAGAUACAUGUCUUCACAAGGAUAUAAGGUUGCAACAGCUCGGACUCCAAGCAAUCCAUCUAUUAGAUUUGGGGGAGGUGGGAUGAUAACUAGCGUGUACAAUCCUCAUGUUAAAGGUCAACAACAUAGUGCUUGUCGACUAAAAAUUCAAUCUGAAUCUGAUAUCAUACAAGUUGGUUGGAGAGUGGAUCCAAUAUUAUACGGGGAUAUCAAAACACGACUUUUUAUACAUUUUCAGGCCGGUGAAGUUCAUUGUUUUAAUACAUUAUGUCCUUGCUUUAUACAAGUAGAUAGUGAAAUACCUCUUGAUGUGUCAUACGAGGAUCAUAUUUCACAACGUGGAGGAACAAUAUGGGAGGACACAAUGUACAUUGAGCGGGAUCUAGUCAACGGAAAUUGGUGGCUUUUAUUGGAAAAUGACUAUACAGAAGUUGGUUUUUGGCCACGAAAGAUCUUCACACGUACUGGCUUGGCAGAUUUUACUAAAUCCAUUAAUUGGGGAGGAGUUGCAUAUAGUCCAACAGAUGUAGCUGAACCUCCUAUGGGCUCAAGUUUUUUUCCCAUUGAAAACUCCGGUUAUGAUGCUUAUUGUAAGAAAAUUGCAGUAUUAGACGUGAAAGGAAAGACAAUUGCAGUAGAUAAAACAAUCACACAUAUCGACAAUCCUAAUUUAUACAAUGUUUUAUUCAAGCCUCUAUGGAUUGGUUCAAAGUCUUCCUUUUAUGUUCUUUAUGGAGGACCUGGUGAUAGUGCACUAGUGUAA